CACACUCUUAUGCCAAGGGUUUGAUGUUGCAUGAGGCCGCCAUCUUUCAAAAUGGAAGUUCCGGCGGACCACCAAUACCAUCAUCGCGACAUUAAGCCUCUGCUUCCUCCUCAUACAAUGCCCCACCACCACCACGAUCCGCCUAUUGAAGUCAACGAGCUUCCACCUGCCAAAUUCAAACCUUCUUUAAAGGCAGCAGCUGAUUCCGAUGAAACGGAAUACUCAACUUCAUUCGCCGACACUGCAUCUACUAACGAUAACAAUUCUUCUGCACUGAGUGACACCGAAGUUGAGUCCAAAUUGCACCGCGACACCAACGGUUUCUCCUCUUCGUUUGACGAAUUUGGCGGUGCUUUCCGAGUGAGGAGGAAGAAAUUGACAAGUCACUGGAGAAACUUUAUACGGCCAGUAAUGUGGCGUUGUAAAUGGGCAGAACUAAAAAUAAAGCAAUUUGAGUCGCAGGCAUCUCAGUAUGUGAAAACCAUAGCAGCAUAUGAUCAGACUAAACAUUUGGCUAACCAAUCUAUUCCUGAAGGGUUUACCUCAAGGUCAAUGCCAUUUACUUGUCAAAGGCACCAUAGUAAAUUAAUGAAAAGGAGGAAAAGGGUUAGAGUGGAAGACACAACGGAUGCUAAAUUUUACAUGUCAAAGCACAUCCUUUUCUCCUACCAUGAAAGUAGGAAGUCGGAUACAGAUGGAGCCUCUAUCACAGAGGAUUUUGAUGACCCAGUUUUGACAGGACAAAAGGCAACUAGUCAAGAGGAGCUCGGGUUUGAAGUUGGUAACAAGUGGUCAUUUCUUGAAGAUAAAGAUAAAGAUAAAGAUAAUGAAAUGGAGUACAUACUUGGGAAGAUUGAUAUAGCUCAAACCCGGGUUCAUAAAUUAAAGUCCCAACUUGAUUUGUUGAUCUCAGAGAAUGUAAACCAUUUGGGUCCUACUUUCUCUACUUGCAACAAUGGAGGAGGAGGAGGUUCUUGUGAAAAUGGUGUUUCUAAUUCUAGCUAUGGAGAGGCUGCUUUUCAUAUCCCUGAUAUAAUUGAAAGCACAGUCGGCCUUCCAUCAUCUGUUGAUGUAACACAUCAUCAGUCACACGUCGCAGAUUCUUGCGAAAAUAUUGUGGACAACAUGGUGGUACAUAGUAACCAAGGAGAUGAAGCAGAAAAGCACAACUUGAGAAAUUGCCAACUAGUUGUAGUAGUAAAGCAAGGAGAGAAAAGUGAAGAAGAAGAAGAAGAAGGAGAAGGAGAAGAUGUAGAAGAUGAAGAAGAAGAAGAAGAUGAAGAAGAUGAAGAAGAAGAAGAAGAAAGCACGCAUCCAGGCAUUGGCACUGGUGAAGAGCAAUCAAGUAUGAUAACAUCUUUGGGCACCGGUUUUCAGAUUCCAAAAAACAAAAGAAAGCGAGGGGAGCGCAAACCUGGCACAGCUAAUUGGAGUAAGCAAUGUCCCGGAGAGCCUGAUACUAGUUACUAACUAACUAGUUGUAGCUUAUGUUAUAUGCAUCCUAAAUAAGAAUUUCUGUUUCAUUAUCACUGUCUGUAACCAUAUGUAUCCAUUUUCUUUCUUUAAAAAAAACCCAGCCACAAAGAUUCCAUCUCCCAACCGAAAAUGUUUUGUUAUUCUUCUGGUCUUUGCUUGAGGUGGGGAACAUUAUGUAAGCAAGUGUUGCAAAACUCGGCCUAGGCGGCCGAUUAAUUGGAAUCGGG